GGGUCAGUAGUUAAAUUUAUUGGGGUUUCAAUGUGGCCCAGCAAGAAAUACAAGUUAUAAUUUUAUGCUUAUAUUAUUUUAAAAUUUACAAAUUUGUAGACAAUACGCAUCUUGUGAAGGGCUUGAAAUGACGGUUAUGACCUUGGUGGCUCCAUUAGCCCUAGUCCGUGGGUAGAGCAGAAUCACUGCUCCGGUAAGCUCCUCGCGCUUCGAAUCGAUCACUGCCCGCGCUAAGAAGUCUCAGGUGAGUUGCAUUCAUUGACUUUCUGGUGAUCGUAAGAAAUCUCUCGAAUUUUGAAUUAGCUUUUGAUUCGUUUGCCGAGUCGAUAGCUUCAAUCCUUGCUCGUUACUCGAGCAUCUCUGUACAUUGCUAAUAAGCUCCCGAAAAGAUUUCAAGGGGCGCGGGGGAUUUCUGGUGAUGUUUAUAUAUUUGUGUUCGAUUAUCCUCGCGUGUUGGGAAUGUUUACUGAAGGAGUUGUAGAUCAACUGAGCUGAGUGGUUGAUGGUUCGAUUAACUAAGCGGUCGCCUCCUUUGCUGCAUGGAGGAAGCAAACUUUUUUGUUGGACAGGAAUUUCCAGAUGUAAAGACCUUCCGCAGUGCAAUAAAAGAAGCCGCCAUUGCACAGCACUUUGAGCUUCGAAUCAUUAAAAGCGAUCUAAUCCGUUACAUAGCUAAAUGUGCUGCAGAAGGCUGUCCAUGGCGAAUACGAGCAAUAAAGCUUCCAAAUGCCUCGACUUUCUCUAUACGAAGCCUUGAAGGAACACAUACCUGUGGGAGGAACGCGAGUUCUGGGCAUCAUCAGGCCUCGGUCGACUGGAUUGUGAACUUCAUAGAGGAACGCCUGCGUGGCAACGUAAAUUACAGACCAAAAGACAUCCUACACGACAUCUAUGAACAAUAUGGGAUAACUAUUCCGUACAAGCAGGCUUGGCGUGCCAAGGAACGGGGCCUUCAAGCUAUACAUGGCUCCUCCGAAGAAGGCUAUUACCUCCUUCCAGCAUACUGUGACCAAAUUAGGAAGACCAACCCGGGAAGUGUCGCAGAAGUGUUUACUACUGGCACAGACAACCGAUUUCACCGCCUAUUUCUUUCCUUUUAUGCUUCCAUGCACGGGUUCUUCCAUGGUUGCCUCCCUGUUAUCGGAUUAGGUGGAAUUCAGCUCAAAAGCAAGUACCUUGGCACGUUACUUUCUGCCACUUCAUUCGAUUCUAACGGCGGGUUGUUCCCACUUGCCUUUGGCAUUGUUGAUGUAGAAAACGAUGAAAGUUGGAUGUGGUUCUUGUCGGAAUUACACAAGGCUCUUGAGAUGGCUUCGGAGACCAUACUGAGGCUUACUUUCUUAUCCAACGGGGGGAAAGGCAUUACAGAUGCUGUAAUAAGAAAAUUCCCGACUGCUUGGCAUGGUGUUUGCCUGAAACACUUGAGUAAGAGCAUCAGUAGGGAGUUCAAGAAUCCCCUACUUGUCCAACUACUUUGGAAAGCAGCAUAUGCCACUACUACCAUUAGCUUCAAAGAAAAAAUGGCUGAACUCGAAAAAGCUUCUGCCGAUGCAGCAAAAUGGCUACAACAAUAUCCUCCUGCUCGUUGGGCAUUAAUGUAUUUUGAAGGACCUCGGUAUGGCCAUCUAUCUUCCAAUAUAGAUGAGUUCAAUCAGUGGAUUCUUGAAGCUCGGGAGCUCCCCAUAAUGCAAGUGAUCGAGCAAAUCCACAGUAAGCUCAUGGCAGAAUUUGAGGAUAGGCGUGAAAAAUGCAAGUCAUGGUUCUUCACUCUCGUCCCAUCAGCAGAGAAGCACAUGAUCGAAGCAACCGACCGGGCUUCAACUUAUCAAGUCCUCCAAUCCGAUGAGGCAGAGUUUGAGAUUCUUUCAUCAGAAAGAUCCGAUAUUGUCAACAUCAAAACACAUUCCUGUUCCUGCCGGGAUUGGAAGUUGUAUUCUUUGCCUUGCUCUCAUGCUGUCGCAGCCAUUACCGCAUCCAAAAGGGAUGUUCAUACUUUCAUCGGAAAGUACUUCACUGUGGCUAGUUAUCGUACAGCGUAUGCCAAAGAAGUACGUCCGGUUCCUCGUAGGAUUGAGUGGAAUAAAGACGAGCAAAUGGACUUGAACAAUGAACUACAGAUUGUGAGGCCUCCUAAGUCCAGGCGGCCUCCCGGAAGACCGGAGAAGAAACGAAUGUGCGUGGAGGAUCUUAACCGCGAGAAACAUAUCGUCCACUGUAGCCAGUGCAAUCAGAUAGGGCAUUAUAAGUCUACUUGCAAAUCAGGUACGUGGAACAGUAUAGAACAUAUGUAGAUUUUGUGUAGUGUAGUUUAGUGUACUAAUGUAGAUAGUUUUCCUUAAACUGCUGUGAUGUUUGUUGCUUAUACCUUUUUCUUCUUUAACCCUUUUUGUGCACUUUCUUUGCUAACUUUUGUGUUGCAUUUUUUAUUUGUAUAAUUGAUGGCCAAAUCUAGGAUGAGGGUUAUAUUUGGUAGCAUAAUAUGAUAUCCUUUAAAUCUUC